AUGGCAGGCCUGGGGCCCGGUUUCCGGCCCGGCGGAUCCCUGCGAGCCUGGAGGGACUACCUUCCCCAGGCCUUCAUCUACGGCUUGGAUGUCAUGCCGGAUGCCAUGGUGCGCGGUGAGGCCCGGAUCCGGACUGCACUGGCAGACUCGGCGAACGAGGGGCACGUGGCCACCGUAAUGAAGUCCUGGGGGUUUGCCAGCGCUCCUGGCCCUGGCGCACCUCGCGGGGUCUUCGAUGUUGUGGUGGACGAUGGGUUGCACUCACCAGAGGCGCAGAUAGCAACGCUUGGCAGCCUGUGGCCUUGGCUAAAGCGCGGAGGGAUUUUUGUCGUUGAGGACAUCAACGAUGGCAAGCCCAUGUUGCAGCGAGCAUCUGCUGCCAUCGAAGGCAUUGUCGGCAAGGCUCCCUAUUUCUUCGUGGACAAUUUCUUGAACCAAAGCUCCGGACGGCUGCGACAUGGCAGCGGAUUGCUGAUCCUGCGCAAGCCUUGA